UUCAAUAUCACUUUCCAUCCCCCGACGACAUAACUGCUCUGAUCUCUAUACGCACUGGUAUUGGCACCAUUGUUCAACUCCGCCAAGUCAAAACUUUUACAACAUUGGAUCACCAUGAACCAACAACCAAUCGCUGUCCAACCAGUCGGUGUCCAACCAGGAGGACCUACUAUGCAGACGAAUGUAGUCUUCGAGGUGAAUAUGAACCCAUUAGCUCCUCGGGGUAUCCCACGUGCCUGGAGCACUGAUCUCUUCCAGUGUUUUGACGAUAUCCCCAUCUGUCUUCUUGGAUUGUUCUUCACUCCCUGUCAUCAGUGUUGUUUGGCCUCCGAUAUGGGUGAGAGCUGCUGUGUGCCAAUGUGCUUGCCUGGUCCAUUGAUAGCGAUGAGGGCGCUACACCGUGGACGUCACAACGUGCAGGGCUCACUUCUGAACGAUUGUUGUACGUCCGUUAUCUGUGGAUGGUGCGCGCAGUGUCAGCUGGCACGUGAGGUACAGGCCAUCAAGAACGGACGCAUCCAGCCAUAGUGCGUCUGGCAUUUAACCUUUGACCUCAGACUUCUGUUAUGUCAAGGACAGGUGGUUGAUGGGACUGCUAGGGUAGAUUUGAAGACGAAAAGAGGCUAUGGAACUAGAUUAGGAUAGAUCCCUGAUUAAAUAUUUCUAUCCUUCCCUCCUUCUUCACCCUCUCUCUCUCUAUCUUACACACACUCUUUCUCUCUCUCUCCCUCCCCCUCUCUCUCUCUCUCU